UGAUGUUGAAUUUGGUGAGGGACCUUUAGGAAUUCACCUGGGAAUGACAGAAAACAGAGAUGUGAUAGUUGCAGGAUUUACAAAGAAUCCAUAUAUUGAUUGUUAUCCGAUUGAAGUACUGAACGAGAAUUGAUCUUUUACUGGUGUAGGCUUCUGGGUUGGUAAAGAUUGGCUGUAUUAUCCUACAAAUUAACCAUCAAAACGCCUUGUAUCUCACAAAGGAAGAGAUUAAAGAACGUCUGAGGGAUCCAAAACGACCUCUGGUUGUGCGGUUUGCCAAUCCUAUGGAGAAACGGUCUUCUUCAUUCCUGGAAGGAAUCGGACUGGCUCGAAAAAAGGCAUACGACAAGAGUGAAAGCUUUCUCCCUAUUCCCUAUUACUCGUUGAUUAUGCCUCCUCCUCAGUCCAAAAUAAUAUACAGAGAUAUGCUCUCUCCAAAGGAGCGCAUUUUUACCUCUUACAGUGAUGUGACUGACCUAUUUAUUUGUUCUAUUCGUGAAUACGCUUAUCAGGGGCUUCCAGAUCCAGCCACUCGGUCCAUUGUUUGGAAGCUUCUUCUCAACGUGUUUCCGCUGAAUCCGACGCAGUGGAAUCGAAGGCACUUGAAAAACUUACAGACUUACACCGGUUUUGUGAACGACUUUAUUGUGGUCCCGAAUCGAAACUGUGGGAGAGAGAACUGUAAUCUGGUUCCGAAUCCCAUCGAUUUGAGUUGGAAGGACGAUGAUCAUCCUCACAGUGGCGCAGAGAGUGAAAACGAGAGCGAGACCGAUCCAGAAAGGGUUAACGAAUCGAAGUGGUCUCGAAACUUCGGUUACUCCGAUAUGCGCGAAGCGAUCUGGAAGGAUGUCGAGCGAACCUACGCGGAUUACCCGUUUUUUCACGAGCACAAUCGGCAGGUGUUGGCUCGUCUUCUGUUCGUCUACGUCAACCUCAACAAGUGUGUAAACUACGUGCAGGGCAUGAACGAACUCAUGGCUCCGCUGCUUUACGUCUUCGCCGAGGACGUUUUGGACCGCGAAGUCUCCAUGGAGGUCGAGGCCGAUACCUUCUUUGCGUUCAACACGCUCGCGAGCGAGCUGCAGAACUUGUACAUCAAGCACAUGGACUCGACGUCGCUGGGGCUGCAAGGCACGCUGAAGCGAUUCGAUAACAUGAUCGAGCGAAACGUGCCGGCAGUGUACGAUUGGUUUGACGAGAUCGAAUUGAAGCCGCAGUUGUACGCGAUUCGAUGGCUGACGACGCUGUUUUCGCGGGAGUUUGAAUUGAAGGACACGUGUCGCGUGUGGGAUUCGAUUUUCGCCGAUCCGGAGCGUUUCUUCUUCGCGCAGUGCAUCGGAACGGCGAUGGUGAAGCGCAUCGAGCCCGCGCUCCUCAAGGGCGACUUCGUGCAGGACAUUCAGCUGCUGCAGAACUAUGAAAUGCCUCCGGCUGAAGAGAUUUUGGAGCUGGCGGACAAGGUGCGACGCGACGAAUUGCAGCGACGCGACGAUUCGUUUGUGCGUAGCGGUUGA